UGAAAUAUCCAAUAGAAGUAGAGAGAAAGAAAUCCAUGGAAGACAGCUUCAGGGUUCGCGUAGAUAAGGCUUUCGGCGCUUUGGGCGGCAGCACGCCGUCGUCAGUGGGCGUGAGCCCUUCCCUGUGGUCCCUAACGGACGAAGAAAUCGAGAGGAGAGAGUGGAAUCGCCGUAAAGAAGAAGCCGAAGAACGCGACGAUGGUGUCGAAUCUGGGUCGUCCGAUGUGCGAAAUCAGUUGGAUUCGGAUCUUCAGGACUUGAGCGACUACGAAGAGGAAGAAGAAGAGGAAGAAGAAGAAGAUGAGGGAGUUGACGGUGAGAAGAAGAGGCGUCGUCGGAAUAAUAGUAGUAGUGCUGAAACUAGUGUGGAUGAAUAUUUGGAUGUUCAAUCCAAUAUUGGUCGCGACUGCACCCUUGACUAUGAGGAAGAAGAAGAUGAAUAUGACAAAGUGGCUGUUGGUGCAGAACAGACAGGUGACCGCUUAUAUAUGAGGGAUGUGAAAUUUGCUGAUUAUGGGAUUGAUGAACUUAAUACAUAUGGUGAGCUUCCUAACUCAUUCAAAGCUGCUGUCAGAGAUCCUCGUGCAAAUCACACAGCUGCUAAAAUUAGACUGAAAGAAGAUGCGGAGGCUGCUGGAAGUUUGGAUACCUUGCAACUUUCUGACAAUCAUGCAGCUGCGAAUGCAGAGACUGAAGAUAUUAAAAAAGGAGAAUUAGAUGGUGAUAAUCCAAAAUCCAUCCUGAAGAAGAGAGAAAAUUCGAUGGAUUCCAAGUCUCAGAAACGUGUCCGGUUCAUGGUUGACCCUGAAAGCAGAGCUCAGACUCAUGAAGAAGAGCAAUCAGUAGGAGCCAGUAAUUUGCCAUCAGAGUCUCAUUCAGGGGACUACAGUGCAGUGCCGGAACAGGCAUCUGAUUUUUCCCAUUUUUCAUCAGCUGUUCCUGACUACAUCAGGAACCCCGCUAAAUACACUCGUUAUACGUUUGAUUCGUCUGAUGAUAUGGACGACCAAUCCAAUCGGAAAGCAUACAUGGACUUUUUUGAUCACUUAAGGAAAAGAAACACUGAUUCAUCUGAGGACUCCUCUAUUGAGAUUCCAAAAUCAAUAACGUUCACUCCAAAAAGGAAACCAGAGGAUGAUUCAAUGGUAAAGAGGAGUCGGAGCGAGCAUAAUACUGGAGAUAAUCUUAAGAGCAAGAGCUGGUCCAUUGGCGUCACUGCAGAGGACGCCCAAGAGAGUGAAGUCUCUGCAAUGGAAGAAGAUGAACCGUCUCCAGCGGUUGAUAAGUGUUACAGCUUGCAGAAACCCAGUCGUCAAUAUAGGAUGCGGACCAAUGUAAAUGGCGACGACAACUACUAACUGACUGUACGGAUUUUGAAUAAUCAACAAAGAACGCACCAUGGAUGGAUGUUCCUCACCAAAUCCUACUGCAGCAAAGGUUACCAUUUCUCAGUUUCUUUGCAUUAUUAUUGCCACUGCAGGCUGGCCGCCCAUCAUGAUCAGGAAACUGAUGUGUGAGUUGCAUGUGAAACCUGCUGAUUUCGGCUGUUGGUUGUUUGCGGGUUCGCAGAUUCGACAUAAAGGAAUACCAAAUGUUUUCCUUUUCUUAAAAUUAAAUUGAAAUGCAGCAAUUUUAGGUUGGUCAAGAUUUUCUGAGCCUGUUAGGCACUCAUCAAGGCCUGGGAUGUAUCCGGUGGUUCUGGAUAAUUUCUUCUUGAAGUAUUUUCUUCCGUUGUCA